GCGCCGGAACUCGGGCUCGAAGGUCGAGGGUUCGAGAUCUGUUCCCUGCUGUUUCAUUACAAUACUUUUCAUUCUUGAACAUUUACGGGACUAUUUUAUUUUCAUACACUGGCCUCAAUUUGCCAGUCUGUUAUUGACAUUGAAAACGAUUUUUCACCUUUCUGAAAAGAUUUCGACAUCGAGAUUAAGUGGGGAAAAAAAGAAUAACAGUAGUUUAUGAUUCAUGCCUAGUUAAAUAAAGGUUUAUAAAUAUAUAUAUAUUAAUAUUAAUAAUAAAUUAGGCAGCUCUGCAGCUAUUUCCGUUCAGGCAGAUCAUAGGGCAGCCGCACUUGAAGGGUCCUUCUUGCUGGAGGUGACAUUCAGUUGCAGCAAAUAGCCGAUUGCGUAUUUUUCACGACUCUAAAGCAAACCACCAUGGCACAGGCAGUCCAGAAAUUGGUGGCCAAAGUACCUACUUUGAUCGGAGCCGCUGCCACCUACUCCAAGCCCCGGCUAGCGACCUUCUGGCACUACGCUAAAGUCGAGCUUGUGCCACCUUCCCCUGCCGAGAUUCCCCAGGCCAUUGCAGGAAUCAAGAACAUCCUCACCGGUGUCAACAGUGGACGCCUUGGACAGACGACAGUGAAGGAUGCAUUCAGAAAUGGAUUGGUCUGCACUGAAGUGCUGAUGUGGUUCUACAUUGGAGAGUGCAUCGGAAAAGGAGGCAUUGUUGGAUACGCCGUUUAAACCUUGUUCUGUUGCUGUUGUACGCUCUUACCUUCCACCUGUGAAGAUCAGUUAAUAAAUGUCCAUUGUUUAAAGAACUGUUGUACUCUUACCUUCCACCUGUGAAGAUCAGUUAAUAAAUGUCCAUUGUUUAAAGAACUGUUGUACUCUUACCUUCCACCUGUGGAGAUCAGUUAAUAAAUGUCCAUUGUUUAAAGAA